AAAAGAGUGAUGUUUAUAGCUUCGGAGUUGUCCUUGUAGAGCUACUAACAAGCAAAGUGGCACUUUCUUUUGCCAGGCCUGAGGCAGAGAGAAAUCUGGCGAGCUUCUUUGUUUGUUCAGUGGAAGAGGGUCGCUUGAAUCAAAUUCUUGAUGAAGACAUAGUCAAUGAGGGAAAUAUUGAGACACUUAAAGAAGUGGCUGAUCUUGCAAAUAGAUGUUUAAAGGUAAAAAGGGAGGAAAGGCCUACCAUGAAACACGUAGCCAUGGAACUGGAAGGGAUGAGGAUUAUGGCAAAGCAUCCAUGGGGAAAGGCCAAUUUCGGCCCAGAGGACACUGAAUACUUGCUUGGGUCAGCUUCAAUGGCUUCUGUUAGAGGUGACAAUUGUUCUAGUACCGGUACAACUACUGAUGCAACUACUGUGUACGACAGCAUGCGAAUCGAAAUCGAAAUGUUAAUGCGACACAAUGGGCGAUAG